UCUUUCUCUAUGAGCCGUCGUGCCCACUUACCACAGUUACCGCGUUGUGGAGAUGGAAUCCAAAGCCGAAAAAACCGGUACUACCGACGGAACCCGAAGGCGUCAGCGACCAUGACAACGAAGUUGGGCGGCAGCAGAAGCACGCUACUGCGGACCGUGCGUGAGAAGCGGAAGUAUCCGCGUAUUUCUAUCACCUCACUCCAGGCGGUCGCAAGGGCUAACCAUGACGCUCAUUUGCUUCCGUGCCAUCGCUUCAUUUUAUGGUGGUGUUUGUUCUACCUAUUUGCAAUUUGAAUGGUUUUGUUUUUCCGGUUUUAACGCUCUGCAGUGCUUAGCUUGAGGUUCAUUUAUCACAGAAUCAUACGAAACUUAUUUUUGUGUGACUCAACAAUAAUAACAACAGCUGAGGCAUAGUGUAGAACAUGGAUGAUCUGCUACAGGCUGGUCACGUUGUAAAGGAAAGAUGGAAGGUAUUGAAAAAGAUUGGAGGAGGAGGUUUCGGAGAGAUCUACGAGGGUCAAGAUUUAAUAACACGCGAGCAAGUUGCACUUAAGGUAGAAUCCGCCCGUCAACCGAAACAAGUGCUUAAGAUGGAGGUGGCCGUUCUAAAAAAAUUACAAGGCAAAGAGCACAUAUGCCGCUUCAUUGGCUGUGGACGAAAUGAUCGGUUUAAUUACGUAGUAAUGCAACUCCAAGGCAAAAAUUUGGCCGAACUUAGGCGCUCACAGGCACGAGGUGCCUUUUCACUCAGUACAACGUUACGAAUUGGUCUCCAAAUAUUAAAAUCAAUUGAAUCGAUUCAUUCAGUCGGGUUUCUUCAUCGUGAUAUCAAGCCUAGUAACUUCGCCAUAGGAAGACUACCGCUCACUAGUCGUAGAAUCUACAUGUUAGACUUCGGCCUAGCUAGACAGUACACAACCGGUACAGGUGAGGUUCGUUGUCCUCGUGCGGCAGCAGGAUUUCGGGGAACUGUAAGGUACGCUUCGUUAAAUGCGCACAAAAAUCGUGAGAUGGGCCGACAAGACGACCUAUGGUCUUUGUUCUAUAUGCUUGUUGAGUUUGUUACCGGCCAACUUCCAUGGCGUAAAAUUAAGGAUAAAGAACAAGUGGGAAUGUUGAAAGAAAAAUAUGAUCAUCGUUUACUACUCAAGCACUUGCCUUCGGACUUCAAGUACUUUCUAGAGCACAUUCAAUCUCUUAACUACGCUGAUAAGCCUGAUUAUGCGAUGCUAGUUUCUCUGUUCGAACGAUGUAUGAAGCGUCGUGGGGUGAAGGAAACUGAUCCGUUUGACUGGGAAAGCAACACUGAGUACAGUGCCAGUGAAUCUAAAGGUAGUCUCAAUACAGCGAUACCAAAGAGCGAACUCAUUAAAAAACCCAAGGAUGUGGAGAUGGUUGAGGAGAAACGUAAACUUAACACAGACACGGUAAAGGUGCUGCACACAGAGCCAAUCGAAACGAUGAAGCCGCAAAAUGCGAACGCAAUUUCUCACGCGGCGGUCAUAUCCGUUGCUGUAAAGGCGACUCAGAACAAUAAUAACAACAAUACAAACGAGUUGAGUGUUCCGGAGGAACCCAAGAAUCAUAUUGACUCGCCUAAAGUGGAUGGAUCACUUCCGGCGAUAGAUCCGGUGAUGGUGGUUGUAAAGGGUUUAAUCUCAUUUCCUAUUUACCAGAACGAAAUCCCGUUGGUACGGGCUCAUACGGAGGUGAUGACGAAAUCAUCCAAGCAUGGUAACAGCAGGCUGCGAAUACUGACUGCACCACCAGUCAACAUUAAAGACUUGACGUCGUCAAUCGACAGCACGCACCCGUCACCUCAAAAGCAACACCAUCAACACCACCAACAUACGCAUCAACAGCAACAUUCGCAGCACUAUCAGUUUCCGCAUUUGAGUGACGUGAACAACGUAUCUUUGGAUCAGAAAUCGAAGGUCCUGAAAACGGAGGCAGAUGAGCUGUCGUACUCACCCGGGGAUGGCAUUUUCCGUGAACUCACUCAACACUGCCACUCGGGCACGAGCGGAAUUAUGACCGCUUCUCAGAAGCAGCAUGCGCAUCAGUCGCAACAGCACCACCAUUCCCAGCAGCUUCAACGACAAAGUCUGACCCUUGGUAAGAGCCUGCGCUCGCAUGCUGCCGCAACGACAGCUAUCAGCACCACCCCUCGGUAUAGUAUGCGAAACGAUGACAAGAGUUGUCGGGACUACUCGAUCACGCAGCACGCCAUCAUCGACGAUGAAAACGCUAGUCAACACCAGACACCCAAAUAUCAGGGUGCGCUUACGCUUGCAUCACAGUGGAAGAGCCAGUUCGACGACUCAGACGACUCAACCGAUGGCCUCUGGAAGGGUGAACAACAUUCCGAAAACACGUCAAAGAAAAACUAUGUCAGUACCAACAAAGGCAGCAACGUUGCCACCGGUAUGAAUCAGCCUGUGCUGCCGUCACAACUGCAGCAACAUUCGAAUGGUCAGUUGGCCGCGAAUCCAUCUAUCAACCAACUCUCGCAGCAACUGCAACCAAAUCCAACUAACCAUAACACUUGCAGUAAUGAACCAAAGCAAUGCACCAACAUCAAUGAUAACGAUAGUCAUCACAAUCAAGCGGAGGAAGCUGAAGCACCACCAUCGUUACCUCCGCCGCCUCCGUCGCCGCUGCCACCAAUUGAUAAUUACAAGUACGCAGUGGCUACAUUCGGAGAUGAGGCAGCCGCUAAUGAAACACUUGCUGUUGAAAGUGGACAUGGAGUGGCGGGUAGCCUGGUGUCGUCUACUCUGACCACGACAACCGUGCCAGCUUCCAUUUUGGCAGUACCACUACUAUGCGAUAUAGAUAAUGCCAUCGAUGGAGAUCCUCCUCUCUUUCAGUACGAUCACAAUGGUACGAUUGUCGAAGACGGUGGGAUGAAGGACGACGGCAAAAGGCCAGUCAUGAUCGGUGCAACUUCCAAUUUUGUCCCAACCGAGGUAACUGCCGGUAGCAGCGCAGAACUUUCUGGUAAUGUUCAAUAUUAGCUCGCAUUACUGGCUACUUCAAUUGAACAAAAACAACAAUAAAACAAAAAUCUCAAAACAACUCACAAAUAUAACAAACACUAAACCAAAAAAUGAUAAAAUGCGCUAGUGUAAAAAAUAGUGUUAUGGAACUAGCGACAUAACAUAAUAUUUUUAGAUGAAUAGAGGACAAUGAGACGCCCAAAACGUAGCAUAUUCACCCAAUAAAAAAACACUAUAAGGAAACAUAAGUAAAUAUAAAACAUUUCAGUUAGCUUCGUAUAGGUUAUGCGGACUUUAAAUAAGUUUAGGCGGGUGGAAAAGAAUGCUGGAUUACUGGAAAAGUAAAAAACGAAGUCG